AUGGCUGAUUCUCUUUCGACAUCCCAGACUAGCGGCCCCGCAUCUCCUAGUAACCUCGUUCCUCAUAUUUCUACUCCUGGCGACGAAUUACAUCCUCCCCCCCCGACAGUCCCGUACACUGGCACUGAUUGUGUUGAAGAACCCACAACUCCGUUUCAAAGGCCCCGUACUUUGGACAAACUGCAGGGCUCUACCCCUGGGUCAGCCAAGGCUUCCGCACAACAGAUUUUGGCUGUGCAAGGCAUAGAGGGAGAAGCUCUGAACGCCUGGCGGAAAAGACUGAGUAAGGAGAUGAAGGACAUAAUGGUACAGAUGCCAGUUUCGGAUUUGUUACGGCGUUACGUUCGUGGAAAAGAGCCCACGGCCGAAAUUAAAGCUAAACUCGCCGAAAUCACGCUCAACAAGGACAAUUUCACGGUGCAAGAGCGGCAUAUGUACAAUGAUCUCUGUGUGUUCCUACAAGCCGUUUCAGAUCUCUGUUCAGAGGGCGGCGCAUUGGAGUUCAAGCUUGUGGCGAAGGAUACGGGCGCGAAUCCAGACACCAGCAUUGGCGGCAAUGGCAGCAUGAAGAAACCAGAUAUCUCGAUGUUGCCAGAACAAGAUAAGGCUUCUGCGAUAUGUCAGCCCGCGAAGAAGGCAAAGAAGGACACGGCAAAUACGGAGCAGGCGCAAACGCCAUUCAAGGCGGCUACAUCCUGGCAUCGGGUCUCCUUGGUCAUCGAGUGCAAGAGCGCCAAAUCAGAGAAACUCCCGUUCUCAUUCCGUCCAGCGAGCACUGACAAGUCGACAAAGGCGUCGGGGACUUCUGACAAGUCGACAAAGGCGUCGGGGACUUCUGACAAGUCGACAAAGGCGUCGGGGACCUCUGACAAGUCGACAAAGGCGUCGGGGACCUCUGACAAGUCGACAAAGGCGUCGGGGACUUCUGACAAGUCGACAAAGGCGUCGGGGACUUCUGACAAGGAAUGCGAUGGCGCGGCACCCAGUCCGCAAGCAGAGAAGAAUAACUUCCUUCUCCAAACAAAGGGCGCCAUCGAAUCGAGGGGCCAGCUCAGCGACUAUGCGAUGCAUCUGAUGCGGAGCCAGCCUCGGCAAUUUUGCUUCAUGGUGGUCAUCGCGGGCUGCUACGCACGUAUACUCCGAUGGGAUAGAGCUGGGGCCAUCGUUUCCGAAGCAUUCGAAUUCGUCGAGGACCCGUCGAUUAUGGUCACGUUCUUGUAUAACUACAUGACGAUGACGCAAGAAGAGCGUGGAUUUGACACGAGCGUUGUUGCAGCGCCGCGCCACGACAUCGACGAGAUGAUAGCGUGGAAAGUUGGCAUGGUGGAGGACGGCAGGCUGUCGGACUAUCACACGGAGCGCUUCAAGGAGGCGAUGGAAACGAAAUGGCCAAUCUACAAAGUGACGAUCCCCCGCGAAGACCUCUUCUCGGCCGCAGAACUUGGGCGUCAAGUCAACAAGGCUGGUGCGCCCAAGGAUUCAUCGCAAUCAGGUUCGGACAUUCCUGCAGAGGAUCUGACGCUGCUAAUCGGAAGACCUCUGAGCAUGAGCAAUUCGCCGACGGGUCGUUCGACGAUCGGAUAUGUGGCAUUCGAUAUGCGUGGAAAGCGACUGGUCUUCAUGAGGGAUUCGUGGCCGCUUGAUUCGCCACUGCGGACCACAGAGCGCACUGUUUACAAGGAUCUGUGGCAGAAAGGGGUGAAGUACAUUGCCACACCCGUCAGCGGUGGGAUAGUCAAGAACGGCGACAAGAUCCACCGGACGGUAACGCAGAAAUAUGGGGACACCGUGCACGGAAAGGAUACGAGAGCACGCAUCCAUUUCCGUCUGAUCACUGAUGAGGUUUACGAACCACUGGAUAACUGCAGGUGUUCGUAUGAGCUCAUUCUCGUUUUGAGCGACGCGAUAAAAGGCAAGUCGCAUUAUCUAGCUUGGACCAAAGCCAACAUCCUACACUGUGACAUCAGUAGGGCCAAUAUCAUGGUCAAGCGUACUGGGCCCAAAGUCGGACAAGUUGAGGGCAUCCUCAUUGACUGGGACUUGUGCAAGUACCAAGCCCAACUGAAAAUAGGAUCGAACCAUCCUGCUCAUUCGGGAACGUGGCAGUUCAGCUCAGCCAUGCUCCUGCAGUAUCCUAUGAAGCUGCGCCAGGUAUCGGACGACCUCGAGUCGUUUGUCCACGUCCUCCACUGGACAAUUCUCAUGUGGUACAAGCACAGUCUGUCCGGCCUUCCAAGUGAGCUCCGUAGCCUUGUGUCCAGGACCUACGACGAAUUCGAGACCUUUGUGGACUAUGACACGGGCGGAAUUCACAAAUACAACAACAUGCUUUUGGGGGCAUUGCCGUUCGCCAAGCUGUCGUCCGAGCCUCUGAAGUCGCUGACCGAUAAACUGGCAGAAAUAUGCAAAGAGCAUUACAACGCAUCGUCUACGAAGGAGCAGAGAGCAAAGCUUGAAGACAUCAAGAUAGAAAAGGGCAAGAAAUUCGAAUCGCAGUCCCCAGCAGCCCCAGUCGAGUGGGAAAUGUCCGUUCGCGACUACGAUCUUAUGGAACAUCCAGGAAUCGAAGGAGACGCCGACAGUUCUCACAAAGGAGAUGCACUGCCGCUGCUCGAUACCAGUACCAAGCCUAAACUACAGGAGCAUUUCUGGAUCUGGGAAGCAUUCAAGGAAGUUAUCAAAGAUAUGGAGAAGAACAGCAAUACGCAAAUCACAAACGAUAAGGUGGACAAACCUCAGUUCACGCCAGCCACAGAAUCAGCCACGCAACAAAGCACGAAGAGUCAGAAGCGACCAUCGCAAUCGUCGGGCGAAUCAACUCGCUCAAGCAAGAAAUCCAAAACGACGCACGGGACACGCACUAUGAGCUCCUCUAUGGGCACCAUAUUUGAGUAA